AUAGAAACGAUCGCAACAAGACGCGCACGAAUGGCGGACCGUCUCCUCUUCGAUGUCGUUCUCCACGCCGGCGGCCUACACGACCCCGCGGACUACUUUCCUCCCUCUAACCAGGACACUUUACGCGAACUGUUGAAGAAGAUUGAUGGCCUGAAGUUCGAUUCGUUGAAGAGAGAUUGUCUGGUUUAUAGUUUGCUGAAGUGGCAUAGGGAUGGGAGGGAGAAGGUAUUUAGGGAAGAACGAUGCAUUCCGCCGCAGUUUUCGGCGCUUUCGGAUGCUUAUUGGCAUCUGGAUGCUGGAGUUGAAGUACAGAAAGCGGUCUCAAUCCUGUCCGAUGUCCGUCUCAAUCGAGACUAUACCUCUAAAAUUCUGCAAGCCCUCUCGCUCGAUCCCUCGCCAUAUCCUCUCAUUUUGAGAUAUGUCCGAACCUCAAAACCGCUCCUCACCGAGCCUGAUGAUAUCGAGCGAUACACGAUCGCUCUGGCAGAAUCUAAUAUCGCCGAUGCUUGGAAUUAUCAACGAACCUUCCCAGAAGAAACUCGUGGACAAGACUUUCCGAGCAUGAGAUCGAGAUUAUUGAGAAGGAUAAUCUGGUGGUGUCUUGAACGUAGGCGCCGUUUACACUUUCUUUCGUGGACUUUGGAUCAUUAA